AUGGAUGAAGAGUCGGACACAUUAUCAGAUGGAGUGGAGGCAGGCACGAGUGAGCACGAAGCUAAUAGCGAUAGUGCUGAGGUGUUGUCCCUUGAUAAUAACAGUAUUUUAUCGAUGGCUUCCUCUCAUUCACCUCUGCCAUCCCCCAGUACUUCCAAUUAUACUCAGCCGUUAUCAAUAAAAAUACCUGAAACACCAAUACCGAAAAGAGAUGAUUUUAGAAAAAGAAAGAAGUUACCGGUAUCCGCCACCUCCAUCAAUGAAGUUAACAACCAAGCUUAUCAGUAUUUUAAAAAAAAACAACACAUGUUGGAGAGUCAAAACACGACGAAGAAGACAAACACCACAAUCGAGCCCCAGGACCCUGACUUGGCGUUUUUACACAGUGUUCUCCCGGACAUGAAGUCUAUGAACAGUACCCAGAAGCGACAUUUCAAAUUGGGAAUUUUGAAUUUGUCCGAGCAAAUACUCUCCUGCACCACUUCUGCAUUUCCUGCUCCACCAACGAAUGUCCCUCAGUCUUGUAGUCAAGACUCAGUGAACGCAAAUUUUAAUUCACCGUCGCAAGAAAAUAACUCCUCAGGGAGGCCUUCCUUUUGGAGUACCCAUUCAAUGGACAGAAAUCUAAAUUCUACUUCCCAAGGGAACACGGAAGUCUCAAGGGAACCUUUCAAUAUGAAUGAAUUCAUCCAAUACAACAAUUAG